AGGAUGCUGGGCAAAGGGCAGAAGCGCAAGCGGAGCGAGGAGGAGGAGGAGGAGGCUGCCUCGGCCCUGCCCUCCAGCGCCCUCUUCAGCAUCUCCCUCUCCAAGCUGCACCGGAGCCUGCAGCGGGGGGAGCCCGACCUCCGCCACCUGGUCCUGGUGGCCAACACCCUCCGACGCAUCCAGGAGGAGAUGGAGCCCCAGCAGCCCCCGGUGAGCAGCUCCCCGAGACCUGCCCUGCCGCCUCUCCUCGCCCCCGUGGACCAGCUGCUGCUCUCGGGCAUGGACCCUUCCACCUUCUCCUCCAUUCUGGAGGACCUGGCCAGCACGGGCAGCUUCAGCGACCCCCUGUGCCCGCCCACGGCCCAGCCCGAAGACCUCCUGCUGAGCCCGGAGCCCACCCGGCCGGCCCCACUGGAUCUCCUGGGCCCCGGGGUGGCCCUGCUGCAGGAGGGCCUGGAGGGCGUCUUUGAGGACAUUGACACCUCCAUGUACGACUGGGGCCCCCCCAGCAAGGAGGCCUGCUCUGGCACCGAGGGGGGCAGGCAGGACCUGCCGGACUUGGACUACCUCCUCUUGGGAGCCGAGGAGUCGUGA